AUGGUGAUCUCCCCGAUAUCUCUUGCAACAGGCAUUCUUCUCCUCGCCCUCCUGUACAGAUAUGUCGUAUGGCCUUGCUUUUUCUCUCCACUCGCCAAGAUCCCCAAUGCACACUUCACCUCACCCAUCUCAUCCAAAUGGAUCGAACAAGGUGCUGACAACACCCAAGUCCGCACCAUUCAUGCCCUGCACCAGAAGCACGGCGCGGUGGUGCGCCUUGGGCCAAACGAGCUGAGCGUUAACUCCCUUCACGGUCUCCGAACAAUCUACACCGGUGCUUUCGAGAAGGAUGCCUUUUACCAGAAAGUGUUUGUCAACUUUCAGACCGAUAACAUGGUCGGCAUGAUACACAACCAGGCUCAUGGGCAGCGGAAGCGCAUGCUGAGCAGGAUCUUUUCCAAGUCUUUUUUGCGGGAGUCGAAGGAUCUGCGGGAUAUCUCGGCGAUGGUGCUUUCGCAGCGGCUGUUUCCGAUUCUGAGUCGGGUCGCGAAGACUGGGGAGGCGAUUAAUGUGCUCCCGCUGUUCCAGGCGGUUGGGAUGGAUUUUACGUCGUCGUUCUUGUUCGGGACGAGGAAUAGUACAAUGUAUAUUUUGAAUCUUCCGGAGUGGCAACAAUGGCUCGACGAAUAUGAGAAGUUCAAGUAUAUGAGUCGCGAGGAGCGGUACCUGGGGUUUAUUGAGAGAUGGUGCCUGUCGCUGUGUCGCAAGAUGGAAGGGAAUGAUGCGCCGAAUGAUGUCAACGUCGACACGAAUCCGGUGGUGUAUGACCAACUGCGCGCUUCUCUGGAGAAAGAACAGAAUAACCCUCGGUCUUUAGAGUUUGCCAUUGCGUCGGAGCUGCUCGACCACCUGGUGGCAGGCCAUGAAACAUCGGGGAUUACCUUCACCUAUAUGAUGUGGGAGUUAUCGCGGCAUUCACAGCUGCAACAUGAGCUGCGCCAAGAGCUGCUGACCCUGACACCGACGUUAGAAUAUCCAUUCUAUACCCGGAAUGCCGAGGACUCUUUGCCAACCUUCCCGUCCCCAUCGGCCAUCGACUCCCUGCCACUGCUGGACGCGAUCGUCCGAGAGACUUUGCGACUUCAUCCUCCCGCUUCCCAGUCGCUUCUCCGAGUCACCCCGAGCACUGACGAUGGUAUCUCACUCAAUGGCUAUGGCGGCAUUCCCGGUGGUGUCCGAGUGGGUUCCUCCGCAUACAGUCUGCACCGCAUCGAGGAUGUCUACCCAAAUGCCGAGGAAUGGCUACCGAAACGAUGGCUGCGGCCGGAAGAGAGUAAAAUCCACGACAUGCGGAGACUCUGGUUUCCGUUCGGGAGCGGAGGGAGGGUGUGUCUUGGGAGUAAUUUCGCAUUACAAGAAAUCAAGCUAGUCAUGGCAGUAGCUUACACGAAUUUCACGACAUCCAUUAUCGACGACGAGGGGAUUGAGCAGGAUCAUGAGUUUAUUUCCUUACCCAAGGGGCGGAAGUUAGUUCUCCAGUUUUCCCACUAG